AUGAAUGAGGUGUCAUAUGCUUCAGCAAUAGGGAGUCUUAUGUACGCCAUGUUAUGUACACGACUAGACAUUGCUUUUGCAGUUAGUGUAGUAAGCAAAUAUCACUCAAAUCCUAGAGAAAGACGCUGGACAGUAGUAAAAGCCAUCCUGAAGUAUUUAAGAAUGACCAAGGAGUUGAUACUGGGUUAUGGGGGUUCAGAGUUGACGCUCAAAGGAUACUCAGAUUCUGAUUUCCAGUUAGAUGUAGACGAUAGAAAGUCUACAUUUGUAUUUAUUUUUGUUUGUAAUAGAGACGCAGUCAGUUGGAAAAAUGCCAAACAAUCGACUACUGUAGACUCUACUAUAGAAGUUGAGUAUAUUGUUGCUUCAAAAAUUACGAAAGAAGCCAUUUGGAUGCAUAUAUUUGUCACAGAGUUAGGCAUAGUUCCUCAAAUGAGUCAACCAGUAAUUAUAUUCUAUGACAAUACUGGUGCCAUUGCACAGGCAAAAGAACCAACAGCACAUCAAAGGUCAAAGCAUGUUCAAUGA